UAAUUAUAUAACAGAUUACCUAAAUGUCAUUACCUUUAAUUUUCAAGAUUAUUGUAUUCUUCUCGGUGGUUGAUCGGCAUAGUUGGUGCUGUCGACAAAAUUGUAAACAACGAUUGAUUGUGCUGCGGCCGAGUUGGGCAACAAUGAGCUACAACAGAGGCCGAGGUUUUGGUUUUGGAGGGUUUUCGUUUGCGAGGAAACAAGAAGCAAUCCCACCUCCACCUAAUGCCACCCUAAGCAAACAUGGCUACCACACAAUGACAGCCAUUAGCCAGAAUGCAAUUUCUGGAGGUUGUGGUUAUGGUCAGCCUCGCAAGAGACCUAGGGAUGAGGAUGAGUAUUUUGAUGAUGAGGACGAGAGCUUCGAAGGAGCAUACCAGCCUGCCCCAGGUAGUCCUGGACCCCAGAGAAAAGAUUCUUCAGACUCUGAUGAGGAUCCACUGGAUGCCUUCAUGGCUGGAAUUGAACAGGAGGUAAAAAGGACAAAGGGUAAAGGUGCAGGAGAGAAAAAAGAAAUGAAAGGAGUUCGAGAUGACAUAGAUGAGGAGGACGAUGAAGAGUCUUACUACAGAUACAUACAAGAAAACCCCAAUGCUGGCAGGCAACAAGAGGAUAGCGAAGAUGAAAUUGAAUAUGAUGAGGAUGGAAACCCUAUUGCUCCUAAGAAGCCGAAGUACAUAGAUCCGCUGCCACCCAUUGAACACAUUACCAUUGAAUAUUCAGAUUUUACCAAAAACUUCUAUCAAGAGCAUGAGGAUAUUGCUGCUCUCACGCCCACUCAAGUUCAUGAUCUGAGAGUCAAACUAGGGAUUAAGGUUACAGGUUUUGAUGCCCCUAAACCCGUAACAAGUUUUGGGCACUUUGGUUUUGAUGAGGCCCUAAUGAAAGCCAUCCGUAAAUCAGAAUACACCCAACCCACACCCAUUCAGUCCCAGUCAGUUCCAAUUGCAUUAAGUGGACGGGAUGCCAUUGGAAUUGCAAAAACAGGCAGUGGUAAGACAGCAGCUUUUAUCUGGCCGAUGUUGGUUCAUAUUAUGGACCAAAGAGAACUAGCUCCAGAAGAAGGACCAAUUGGUCUCAUCUUAGCGCCUACCCGUGAGCUGGCACAGCAAAUUUAUACAGAGGCACGAAGAUUUGGCAAGGUUUAUAACAUACAGGUUGUGUGUGCUUAUGGUGGUGGCAGCAAAUGGGAACAGAGUAAAGCACUAGAAGCAGGAGCAGAAAUUGUUGUAGCCACACCUGGUCGAAUGAUUGAUAUGAUUAAGAUGAAAGCCACGAAUCUCCAGCGUGUGACAUUCCUGAUUCUUGACGAGGCGGAUCGCAUGUUUGAUAUGGGUUUUGAACCUCAAGUAAGGUCUAUAUGUGACCAUGUUCGGCCAGAUCGUCAAACUCUCCUCUUCUCAGCCACUUUCAAGAGAAAAGUUGAGAGACUGGCUAGAGAUGUCUUGACAGACCCUGUCCGUGUAGUACAAGGAGAACUUGGAGAAGCAAACCAGGAUGUAACACAGAUUAUUCGGCUUUUGAGUUCAAGUGGUCAUAAAUGGUCUUGGCUCGUUCAGUACCUUGUAGAAUUUAUGUCUGCUGGCAGUGUGUUAAUAUUUGUUACUAAGAAAGCUAAUGCUGAGGAAUUAAGCAAAAAUCUGGUGACCAAAGAAUUUGAAGCUCUGCUCCUGCAUGGUGAUAUGAGUCAGUUUGAGAGAAAUGAAGUUAUAACUGCAUUUAAAAAAAAAGAUAAGCCAAUUUUGGUUGCAACUGAUGUAGCAGCACGAGGUCUAGACAUCCCCCAUAUCAGAACUGUUAUUAACUAUGAUGUAGCCAGAGACAUAGACACUCACACGCAUCGAAUUGGUCGUACAGGUCGAGCUGGUGAGAAGGGUACGGCAUACACACUGGUAACAGAUAAGGAUAAGGAGUUUGCAGGACAUUUGGUACGGAACCUUGAAGGAGCUGCGCAGGAAGUACCGUCUGAACUAUUGGAACUAGCCUUGCAGAGCUCUUGGUUCCGUAAGUCUCGAUUUAAGCAAGGUAAAGCGAAGGCUCUUGGGGGACGAGGAUUAGGCUUCAGAGAACGUCCAGGACUAGGCUGUACUCCAAUCAGUGAAUCCACAGCAGGUAGUGGUGGUGGUUGUGUUGGUGGUGGAGGUGUUGGGGGUGUUGGUGCUAGUAUGGCAGUAGGCCCAGCGAGUCAGGCCUAUGGAGGUGGAGACCCCAGCAUGACCGGCCCAGCUACUAAUCGUCUUGCUGCCAUGAAAGCUGCGUUUCAUUCACAGUACAAGAAUCAGUUUACUGCAGCCAGUGCUGACACUUCAUGGACUUUAGGUGAUGCUAAGGCUGUUCAGCUCGCUCCACCACGGGACCGCAAGAGAAAGUCCAGAUGGGAUGACUAAGUGUUGAACUGCAAUUGUUUUGAUUUUUAAUAUAUAAAUUUGUAGUUCUCACUCUUAGUUACUAAACCUUAUAGAUGAAACCCAUUAUACAAAUUCAAUAAACUAAAACUAACAUCACAAACUGACAUUUCAAUUUGUAAAUUCCUACUGUUAGCCAAAAUAUGGUUUGUUUUUCAAGCUUUGACAUUUUAAGUGUGGUAACUGAAAGUGAUCGUGUUAUCCAUUUCUCCCAGCUAAGCUACUGAACUGACACAUGUCUAAGUUGGGAUGUCUGUCUCCUCAAUUGUUUAAUCCCUUUUCAUUCUUGUGAUAUAAGUGGGUCUUGAAAAGUCAGUCUGUGCUGUCGGAGUUACUGAGACAUUCAGUGUAAAGCAAAAAAUGUAUUGAAUAAUGAUAGAAAAUACUUAGUCAUUAAUGUCAGUUACAAGGAUCAAAUGGAGGAUAAAAGUUUAAUGUAUAGCUUACACAGUAGCAGUAUUUGGGGAAGAGACCAUAGGGGUAAGAAAAGUUAAUAUUCUUGGGAAAUUGAUGUAAAGUUGUUAGUAAGAGAAAUAAUAACUCGCAUGUGUAAUGUAUCUUACUACAUACGUGGAAUGUGGAGGAUGAAUGGUUGUAACAAAACUCUUAAUAAAUAAUAUGAAGAUACAAAAAAAUAUUUAAUGAAUUAUGCAACUGUGUUACAUUGUUAUAGAUUAGGUUUUAUUAAUGUUUUAAUACCGGAUUGUUUUCAGAUACAAUAAUGCCUAUAGUGACUUUUUCUGACAGUGAUGUGUAACUGCUCUCUUAGUAAUCGUCUUCUGUGAGAUAUGUAAUGGAGUGAGAUAUAAACCAGAAUUUACCUAA